AUGGAAAAACAGCUCCAGGACACUCUCAAUGAGUAUCUCGUGACAGAAUCGACGCUGGAGGACAUAGUGUCACUUGAAACUGCGCGCAAAGAGUCCGGACUUCGACACAGAAACAACACAAAUGCACCCAAUAUUCCGGCCACUGUCUAUGCUGCUUUGCGAAUCCAGAAACACAGACAACUGGACCAGGUAGCCGCUAACAUUGAAGAUUUCAUAGAGAGUCUUGAAUUGAACAAAGACACAUCAAGCUCUUCGCCUGACGCCGUGUUUGAGCGACUCAUUAGCCUUAUGGAGGCUCUGGAGGAGAGCGUCAAUCAUAGAACAGAUGGGCUGCUCUGGGACGCCAAUGACGUCGCACAGACACUAGGCAACCAGGUGGGAUCUCUGAAGGAUUUUCAAGUGGGCGAAUCGGAAGUGGACAAGCAGGCCGUGGAGGGUGUGUUAGAGAGUUUGGGGGAGCUGAAGGAUACGCUGAGUAAGACAUGA